UGUAUGGCAAAGUGUUAUUAACAAAAAUACGAAACUUCGGCGGUUAAGAAUCUAUUUCCUGUGUUGACAACUUUGGUGACAGGUGGCAAGUAGGCCGACGGUGGGUUGUUGUUGAUCACUCAAUAAGCCUACCUCAGGAACGUGUCCUUAUUGUGAAGACUCGCUGUAACCUGCGAUGGUGGUAGGUGUAGGAUCUGAUUGGUGGGCUGUUACGCUAAUCAACGAUACACAGAUCUAGAUAAGCUUACACCAGCUGUUGUCCACUGUUCUACCGGAGCCUGUUCAGGUCUGACACCAUGUUUAGCAAUGAGGACAGGAAGGGAUUUUACCAGCAGAUGUCAACAUGGUGAAUUGAUCCCCGAAAAGCUUUUUAGAAUGAUAUAAUAACUGUGUUCAGGAGAGAAAAAAACGGGAUAAAAAGAAUGUUGCUCUACAAAAUAUGUGUUUUCUAGCACUACAAAGAUAAGUGUGUCUGUAUAUUGUACUUGUGAUUCAUAUGGAGAACUAGAGUACCAGGUAUGUGUUAAAAUAAGGUUUGUGUACAUGUAAUUUAUCAGCCACUUUGUGUUUUAUGAGGGUAUAAAACAUCCUCAGGACAGAUAUGCUGUAACGCCAUGUCGAGAUCGUGUUUGUGAUUAAGAACCACUGUGAUAGAGAUUGUUGAAUUAUUUGACCAACCAACAUGUAUGAGCCAGAUCAGCACGCUUCCACAGAGGACAUGGAGGCCUUGGCCGUACAAAAGGCCCAGGAGCUGUUCCAAGUCUGUGACAAGGAACAGAAAGGCUUCAUCAACAAAAAGGACAUGCAGAGGCUACAAAAAGAGCUUGCUCUCGACCCAGAUCAGCUGGAGGCUGUGUUUGACUCGCUGGACGAUGAUGGCAAUGGCUUCCUCACACUGGAGGAGUUCAUAGAGGGAUUUGGGAGCUACUUGGGGUUUAAGUCGACUGAUGUGAAGGAGACGCAACAGGAAGAUGAGAACGUGUACGAGGGCGUAGAUGAGGGGACAGAUGAGAUCCUCUUUAAGGAAAUGCUCAACAAUGUGGGAGCCUCCAGGUUGUACGAUGAUGAGAACGCCAUCCAGGGGUUGUGGACACGGUUACGAAAAGAAGAUGGUGACAUGGCUUCUAACUUUGAAGAUUUCCUCUACAAAGUCUCCAAUGACAUUCGCAAGUCAAAGGUCGACUUUGAGACGUUGGAAUCAGCCCUGAAAAGUAAAUCUUUGGUACAUGAUGAAGAAGUGAGAAAAUUGUACGAGGAGAUGGAACUACAGAUCAAACAGGAGAAAGAACGCAUCCUCGCAGAGGAGCAGUUGAAGGAACAGCAGAUCAAAGAAGCUAUGGAUGCAGAAAUGAAAGAAAAAGAUAAACAGCUCCAGGAUCUAUUACUUAAACACCAGGAGAUGGAGGAAAAACUGUCAAGGCUGAACAUGACUGAAAGUGAAACAAAACAAGAAAAUGAAAAACUGCAAAGGGAGAAGGAGGAUCUCCAGAUUAUGCUGCAAAAGUCUGAGGAAGGACUAGAGGAGUCCAAGUCCUACAUAGACCAGCUCCGCAACGUAUCAAAGGACGAGAAACGUGAGAGAGCACGGGCAGCGCUGAAGGUGACGGAGGGUAUUGCACUGGAGAGAGAGAGUCUUGUCAAACAGCUUGAUUCCCUCAGGGACAUAAACCAACAACUCCGGGAUGACAAGGAUGAAGCGGAGACAAGGCGGGAGGAUCUUAGUGGCUCCUCCGUGGGUGAGGAACUCCACCAGAUUUUUGAAACAGAAGCAAGAACUCAGCCGUCAGCGGCCAAGCGUCGUGACCAGCUAUCUAAGCAGGGCUCCAUCCUCGGUAACUACUUCCCCGCCAGCAGGGGGCAACCAUCAUUCGGGGAGUCGGUAUCCGAGGACACACCAGAUGUAGAGGAGGAUGAUGACAUUGAAGUGGAUUAUGACGAUGACCAGGAGGGUCAGAUUAGAAGUAGUAAUUAUAAUACAUUAUCAAACAUAGUAGAAUCUAGAAAUGUGUCAUAUCAUCAUAACGGUCAUAACAGUGAAUCACGGAAGGUCAGUGGUAGUCAAGGCAACACAAGUGAGGGUGAUUCGGAUGAGAAAAGCCCAAAUGAUAUGUCUUCCGGAAGGAGUCGUAAAGUGCGCAAAACGAAACGAAGGCUGCUCCCUGGAACAGUAGCUGUCCAGUCACGGCAAGACAGCUUGCCCAGGUCAAGCGCUAGCAUAGAUAGCACUUCUGAUGGAGAUGGAGAAAUCUCUGCCAGGGAUCCUGAUGUUGGGGAGCUGGAUGUGGAUACCCAGGGGCAGGAUGACUUAAAUGAUAGCCAGGCGAUGUAUACGUCACGGCAAACGAGUCAAUUAGAGCAAAAUAAGGUGAUUGAAUCAAACGAGCAUUUUGUUGAAAAGUUUGAGAACAUUUUAGAGGUGAAACCAAAAGAAACGUUAGUUAGGAAACCAAUGGAAAAAUCUGAGGAGUUUGGUGUGGAGGAAAAGAAAACAUCAGAUCAAUAUGUAGAAACACCAUUGAGGAAAUUGGAGGAAAACAUGGUGGUUGAUUCAAAGGAGCUGUUUAUUGAAAAAUCUGAGGAUAUAUUGGAGGUAAAACCAAAAGAAACGUUAGUUAGGAAACCCAAGGAAAAAUCUGAGAAGUUUGGUAGGGAGACAAAGGAAUUGUCAGAUCAAUCUGUUGAGACAUCGUCGAGUAAGCUAGAGCAACAACAGGUGAUUGAAUCAAAGGAGCUGUUUGUUGAAAAGUCUGAGGAUAUAUUGGAGGUAAAAGCAAAAGACACUUUGGUUAGGAAACCAAAAGAGAAACCUGAAAAGGAAGUAGCUAUGAUGGAAAAGGAAUCAUCAGAUCCCAAUUUGGAAAAACCUGGAAAAAAUGUUGAAGUUGUGUUGACAACAAAUGCCAUUGUGGAGGUAAAUGAGAAAUUCCAAGUUGAGCGAAGAGAAGGAUCUGAGACACAUGUUCUGGGAAAUUUAAAGGAAAUAGGAAUUAUAGAUUCAAUGCAAGAACCAGGAGCUAGGACAAUUGAUAAUAGUGAGAAAGUAUCAGAAAUCACAGAAAAUGAAAUAUUGGUAAGGGAAUCUAAGGGGAAGGAAAGAGAUAAACUACAGAAAAAUUUGGAUGAACAAAUGACGGAAAGCGAACAUAUCACAGAAAAAUUACAAGGAAAUUCCAGUGAGAAAAUGGAUGUCAAAACAUUACAGCAUUUAGAGGAGCAACUGGAAGAGAGUAAGAUGAAAGAAAAGGUGAUUGUAUCGAAGAGCUCAUCAGAGGAGGACUCUGAGAUUGACACGACUGUGGAGCUGAACUACAAGUACUCCGUCACAGACGAACAGGUGGACAUCAAUGAUCUGGUCAAGGAAAACAGUGUCAAUGAAGUGACUAAUGAGCCAGGGGAAGAAACGGAAACGCACUCAGUAAGCAGUGAUGUAAAAGUUGGGGAGGAUAUAGAGGAAUCGGCAGCUCCACAGACCGUUUAUAGAAAACCCAGUUCUUUGGAGGCCAAGGGUGAAGGGAAGAGGGUAACAAGUCAUACAGAACUGACCGACAGAAGAGAGAGUGUGGAGGAAGAUGCUGGUUCUCCUGGUGAAAUAAUGGCCACAGUGAAUAGUAAGGCAAAGCAAGGCAGUGACAAGGAAGAGCUAGCGAAGUGGAUUGGUACUGAAGGAACAAAUGUAACAGUGGAAAACAAAGAUAAAAAUAACAUUGGUGCAGAGGAAACACAGAAGAUGGCAGGACCCUUAGAUGGGGAAAAACAUGGCACAAUCAAUCAGCUUACAGAUCUGGAUGGAAAUGAUAAACAGGCACCAUAUCCAACACUAGGUAGUGAAGAGGAAAGUAGAGAAAUCAGAGAUGUUCUUGGAGGCAUUCAGAAAGAAGACAACCCGAGUUUGGAAGAGUCCAUCAAUACUCCUGGUCAGAGCUCAAUUACUACAGAUGAAACUGCUCUUGUUACAAUCAAUCAACUGUCAAGGGAAACAACAGACACAUCAAAUCAGCUUUCUAUAGAAACAACAGAUACAGCCAAUCAGCUCUCAGUGAAAACAACAGAUACAGCCAAUCGGCUCUCAGAGAAAACAGCAGAUACAGCCAAUCAGCUCUCAGAGAAAACAGCCAAUCAACUCUUGGAGAACACAGAUACAGCCAAUCAGCUCUUCGUAGAAAAAACAGUUACAGCCAAUCAGAUUACAGAGAAAACAACAGAAACAGUCACACAACUCUCAGAGAAAACGACAGAUACACCCAAUCAGGUCUCAGAAAACCAAACAGAUACAACCAAUCAACUUGCAGAUGUGACGUCAAUUAGAAGUGCUGAAAAGUCAGAAACAGAUGUGACUGUAGACAAUACUAAGACUAGAUUUGUCAGGUUAGGGAGAGUAGGGGAGGAUACGACAGAACAAAAAGACGAAGAAAAUAUCCCUGAAAGAGAUGUCCGAUUUGAUGAGACACAUGACCAAAUAACAAAAAAUGAAGCAGACCUGAUGGAUCAUAGCAAAGAUACGAGUAGAGAAGAUGUGCAAGUUAAACGUGGAACAGUUGGUGCUAAAAAUAAACAAAGAGAAACUGAAAUUGAUGCCACUUUGAGAGAAGAAACAAGCAGAAAGCUGAAAAAUGGAAAAGAACUAUCACUGGUGGAUCUUCAGAGUAAGAUGGAUGUUCAUCCAGACCUCGAGUCUACAGACAGCCUGCCAUUGUCUGAUUUAGACCGUCAGAGUAAGAUGGAUGUCCAUCCAGACCUCGAGUCUACAGACAGCCUGCCAUUGUCUGAUUUAGAUGGUCUCCAACCAUCUGAUAUGGUCUCAAAGGAUCUUGAAACAUCUGCUGCUAUUACUGAUGAUUUUCAAACCUCUACUACUGUCGUUAAGGAUCUGCAGACUUCUGCUGCUUUUGCUAGAGAGUUUCAGACUGAUGAAACUGCUGUAAAUGAGAUUCAGACUUCAGUAAAGGUUGCUAAGGAGAUUCAGACAAAUGUUACCGUUGCUAAAGAGAUUAAGACUGCCGUACCUGCUGAUAUGGAGAGUCUCUCCACCACAGAGGUAGAUGGAAAUCUCCAGUCUGCUCAAGCAACACAUGAUCUUCACACUACUGUUGUAGAUACUACAGAUGAGCAUUCUCUUGUGGAUGUCAGGAAGGCUAUGCCAUCAGGUUCUCUGGAAGUGGCUGACAAUAUUAGCCGGGAAAUCACCACAACUCUGAAUUCUGUUGUGGAUGUCAGGAAGGCUAUGCCAUCAGGUUCUCGGGAAGUGGCUGACAAUAUUAGCCGGGAAGUCAGCACAACUCUGAAUUCUGUUGUGGUGUCUGAAGGUCUUCAGUCUACAGCAGAUCUCCAAUCCCCUUUGGGUGUCACAAUGGAUCUGCAGUCUGCGUUAGACUUAGUGGAGGUUAUGGAUGACAAACAGUUGUCUGUAAAAGUCGCCGGAGACAGACAGUUUUCUGAACCAAAAGGUAAAGGGCCUGUUGAUACUAAAUCAAGUCCAAGCUCCACCGUAGCAGACACUGGUACAAACAAUAAUGCUGUAUACACAAAUCUGAAAGCUGGUCUAGAAUCGAUACAAGUUCUUGAAAGUAUUGAAACAAGUAACACACCCGCCUAUAUGGAUCUGAAGGAUGCUUUAGAUUCUGUUCCUGAAAGUCCUGAAACAGACGCAGAUUUGAAGGAUGUACCUAACAAACCAGCUGCAGAUUUGUAUCUUAAAACUGCUACAGAGCCAGAGGUUGAAACAAAGAAUACACAGUACACAGUCCCAGUAGAAAGUCAGUCCCCUGGAGUUAAAACAAAUCAAAUGAAUGAUGAUACAAGCAUCAAUAGGAAGUUUAACACAGAAAAUAAUUCAUCGGAAAUUAUUGAUAGCAAGAUUUUGUCCUUUUUGGAGGUCAAACUUCCAGAGGAGGUUUUAUCAGAGGUGGAUGAACAAGACAAGGGUGUCCAAGGAAAAGCAGACACCGGUAUAACUGAGGAGGAAAAAGACACGACCAAGUCCACUGACGACAAUGUUUCUAUAGAUAUAUCUAUCAAAGAUCAGCAAGGAAAAACAGGUGUGGCUUCAUUUCAAAUGAAACCAGAUGCUGAUUCUGAUACUGAAAAUACUGAGGAUAAAGAUGAUACAUUUUCUACAACCAUGAUCAUAUACACUAACAAAUUUGAAGGUUGUGAUGAGCAAACAAGAAUGGAAGAGACCAGAGAAGCUCUAGAGAGCACAGUCUUGUCUUACCCAGAGCCCAAGUAUUACAGCUUUAUGCCUUACAACAAAUCCAAGCCUCUGUACGGCACCCUAACGACCUCUGGGCUGCAGGGUCACACACCAUCAGGUCGCGACCUUUCAUCACAGGCCAUGUUCCGAUCUCCUCGGUUAACAGCCCAAACAAAUGGAGUGUUCGAUGGGAGCCUGUCCUCUCGUGUGAACUCCAUACCGGACCAUUGUCAUGGGAAGGUUGUGGACAGAAAAGGAAACAAAUCUGUUCAUUUCCAGGACAGUGACGGCACUAUCUACAAACCGCCACACACCUUGGCCUCUCCCCAAAUAACAGAGGAAUCGGCCGUGAGUAGAGAAUCAAGUCUUCAAGGCAUCACUCCAAAACUCCAUGUAAUCCAACAGGGUCAAGAAGAACAAAAGGAAGCAACUCCUGACACAGCAGUUGUCUCUGGAACAAAGGUUGAAAUAAUGAGUGAAGAAAAACCAUCUGUUGUUCCGGAAAAAACGAAAAAGAAAUCGCUUUUCUCAAGUCUGUCCUAUAUUUUACCCAGUGUUCCCUUUGCCCGUGGCAUUAUCUUGGAUACAUGGGAAGGAGAGGAGGUCACGUUUCGUGGUGAACUUGGAGACAUUCUCGAUGAUGAUAAUGAAGGGGCCAAUUCCGGAGCACCUUCAAAAGAGAGCCCUGAUGAGUCGGUGACCAAUGGUCCACGAGGACAACCUGUAGGGGCUGUGGAAUCUGAUGGAGAGGCCAUCGAGCCUGUGAUGACCUCACAGCGAGUUUUCAAGGUCGUGUUUGUGGGAGACUCGGGCGUGGGCAAGAGUAGCUUCAUUCACCGAUUCUGUAACAACACAUUCAACCCGUCCUUUAGCGCCACCAUUGGUGUGGAUUUCCAGGUGAAGAUGAUCCAGCUGAAGGACACAGUCAUCGUGCUCCAGUUGUGGGACACUGCCGGGCAGGAAAGGUUUCGCAGCAUUACAAAGCAGUAUUUCCGCAAGGCUGAUGGGGUGGUCAUUAUGUACGACGUAACAUCCGAGACCUCGUUCAUCAAUGUUCGAAACUGGAUGACAAGUAUAAAGGAAAAUGUGAAUGACAACACAGUGAUUGAAAUCCUAGGGAACAAAACAGACAUGACAGAAGGGGACGAUAAACGUGUUGUACGAAUGAACGACGGCAAGAAACUCGCCCUGGAAUAUGAAGCCUUAUUUUUUGAGUGCAGCGCCAAAUCUGGGACCAAUGUACAGGAGAGUAUGGCUGCCAUGGCUGACCUGCUGAAGGAUAAGGAGGAUGAAGAGAUGGAGAAGGCCCUACAACUGAAGGAUGAAAUUGUGGAGAAGAAAAAGUGCUGCAUUUGACAGAUUUAAGGUCAACUUUGGGGCAUUGAAAGAUUUCAAGGUCAAAAGUGAAAUGAAUUCCAGAAAGAAAUCAUCAAAUACCAAAUGUGAUUCCUGUUAAACUGUUGUAAAGGACCACAACAUCAUUAUUUAAUUUACAUGGUUUAUUUUUAUUUGAAGUUUUAUCUUUUAUGUUUGAUAAAAUAUCUUAUUGUUGCCUCAUAUCAAUUAUUUUUAAUGUUACUUGUGUAAAAAAUGUAUAGAAUUAUUUUUAUUCGAUGCAAAAGUUGUUGAGAAACAUUCCAAUUUAGUGAUAAUUAUGUUUUCAUUAUGUUUUUUACAUACUAUGUCUUGUCUCGGUGACAAUGUUGUUUGGGGGAGCUGGAGGGAAUGUGGGUAUUAUUUAUCAAGGGGAAAUUUAGUACUGUUUAACUCCUUCACCCCUGAAAUUUCAUAAUGAACUACUCAAACCUCUGAGUUAGAAGGGUUCAAAUGUGUCUUCAGGGGUGAAUGAGUUAAAGAUAUCCUCCCUAAGAAAAUAGUUGUUAUCAGAUGUUCCUCUUUUAUAUUCAUACUCACAUUUAAAAGACAUUAAAAAUAUACCAGUAGUUGUUUUUUAUGAAGGUUUUCAAAGACCUUAAGGAGAGGUUAAGUUUUAAUGUAAGCUAUUUACUGUAGUUUAUUUCUGUUCAUGUUGAAAUUAGAUAUUUACCCUACUAGAUUUUGAUUGUUUUCUUUUGAAAAUAAACGUAUGAGUGUACAAUAAGAAACAUUUAAUUUUAAAACAUAUAUUAAACCUGCUCAUGAUCUUGAAAAUUUAUUCAGUUCCUCUUGGACCCAUUUAGGCACUCGACAAGUCCCUUUUUCCAAGCAUUUUUCAAUGAGGUAAGCCAGAUAAAUUCCUGAUAUGAACUGUCUAGAAAAUUUGUUCCCCGAGACCCGAAAAUUUAUUCUAAGAAACAGAUCCCUUAUUUGUUGAUAAAACUUGUGUAUACUAUAUAGCAUUUUUUGUAACCUAUAGGUGCUCAUCAGCGUACAAAUGUAUUUAUUUACCGUCUUUACCCUAUAAAAAACCCAUGGUCAACACAUAGCUUCCAACUCAAUAUAAAGGGUGGGCUUGUUACAGGUACAGCACAACAAAAUAGUAUUUGUUAGAAUUUCUACUGUAGGAACUGCUGACAGAUUUCAUUUAGCUGGGCUUGUAAACAGAAAUGGGCGUAUUGGUAGAUAAAUACGGUACCUGGGUAUGUAAUCACAUUGACUCUACCUGUUAAUGACCGUACAUCUGAUAAUUUUAGAGAUAUGUUAACACUUGAAGUAAAUCUGCUUUGAGUUUUGUAUAUUAUGUUAUCAUUUUAUGAUAAACCAGCAUAUAUAAAAUCACUUAUUUGUAUUGUAUAUCAUUAGAUUUUUUUGAAGCAUUACUUCAUGAAUUUAAGCAUUCUUAUAUUAGUUGAUGAAGGAUGUAGACCAACAUAUCCCUGCCUUUCUACAAGUCAAUAUGUCUGCCCUCGUCCAUGUCCGUUAUGUUUGUGUAUAAUAAAAACAUUCUAUAUAUGGUGUACAGUUGUUUUUAAAACGUUUAUUUUAAUAAUGCCUAUUUCUAUACUCAAUACACUGAAGUGCAAUAGAUUUUAUAUUACAUACUCCUCCAAUAUGUGUAGUCAUAAAUGUUAUACAAGCUUUUAGGGUAGAAAUCCUCUGUGUUUCUUAUACUGUUGGAGUUAUUUUCUCAGCAACGUGAUUUUAUCAUAAUCAUAGUAUGAUUGAGUCAGAAUACACCAUUAGCUGUAUUGACAAAUUUACACUAAAUGAAAUAUAACCAAUAUCAUUAUUACUGGACUUAUAUAUAUCAGUUCUAUCUUCUUGUAAUAUGAUGUAUA